UGAAGUGGAAGUAUAGUGUAGGGUUGGGAUUGAGUUAUACAGAAGGGGAGGAUUUAAAAAAAAAAGUUUGAUGCUGCACACUGCUAGUGGUGUGGAGAGAGAGAGAGACUGGCGUGCAGGGAGUGAGAGCACCGAAGAUCUUCACCAGAGGCUGGGGCAGGUUGGCUAAGCUGCUUGCAAAAUGCCCCAAUGCAGCAGUGUGUGGCCGAACAAAGCCGCAAGGUGUGGCAGUCGCAACCAGGAGGAAACAGUGGGCAGCCCAAAGCCGCCUAGCAGUUUGUGCCUGACCGCCGUCAACAUGCACCGAGACUGAGUUACACCCCUGCAAAAGUGUCCGGACGAGAAAGUUAAACUCGAGGAAAUUGUACGCCACUUUCUGAAGCAAGGGCAGAAGGCGUAGAUCAGCUGUACAGACAAUAAAUUAUGGUGCAAAGGCAUCUCCUUAUCUGGAAACCUUGGACGUGACUCCUGCCACAAUUUGUUGUGCACUGAAACCUCUUGUGAAUGCAGCUCGAUUCUGCAUUGCUGCUGCACAAGGCAAGGCAUGGGGAAUGACAGCCAGAACCCCACGUGUCUUACCAACGACUCAUUCAAGUAUACCCUGUAUGGCUCCGUGUACAGCGUUGUAUUUAUCCUCGGGUUGUUGACAAACUGCACCUCACUGUAUUUCUUCAGCUGCAAAAUGAAGAUGCGGAAUGAGACCACAAUAUUUAUGACCAAUCUUGCAGUCUCGGACCUCCUUUUUGUCUUUACGCUGCCCUUUAAGAUUUUUUACAACAUCAAUCGCCACUGGCCGUUUGGUGACGGGCUGUGCAAGGUCUCUGGGACAGCGUUCCUCACGAACAUAUACGGGAGCAUGCUGUUUCUCACUUGCAUCAGUGCUGACCGAUUCCUGGCCAUAGUUUACCCCUUCAGGUCUCGGGCCAUCAGGACAAGGAGAAACACCAGCAUCAUUUGUGCAGGAGUGUGGCUCCUAGUGCUCAGUGGGGGAAUCUCUGCAUCUCUAUUCUCCACCACUAACAUCAGGGGGAAUAACUCCAGUACCACCUGCUUCGAAGGUUUCUCCAAAGACACCUGGAAAACCUAUCUGUCUAAGAUCACCAUAUUCAUUGAAAUAGUUGGAUUUCUCAUUCCUUUGCUGUUGAAUCUGACCUGCUCCUCGUUGGUUCUGAGGACUCUGAGGAAACCAGAAACGUUGUCUCCAAUUGGAGCCAACAAAGAAAGGGUACUGAAGAUGAUUAUUGUGCACUUGUCCAUUUUCAUUAUAUGCUUUGUGCCCUACAACUCCAUCCUGUUUAUCUAUGCUCUUGUGCGUUCCCAAGCAAUUGCAAACUGCUCCUUGGAGAGGUUUGCCAAAACCAUGUAUCCAAUCACUUUGUGCCUGGCUACCACAAACUGCUGCCUCGACCCCUUUGUUUAUUACUUUACGUCGGAAUAUUUUCAGAAGUAUUUCAACAUAAGACCCUGCACGAAGCUUGAUUCCAUUUUUAAAAGUGAAACACCACUAACAGUGAAGGGGGAGGCAAUGGCCGAUUCUGUAAAUCGGAAUGGAGCCAAUAUUCAUUUAGAAUCUCAGUUUUAAGCUUGGUACCUGGAUGAUUGAAGAUUACCUUCAGGACUCUAAUACGGCACCUUGUCUGUGACAAAUGUUCUAUGUGGUAACGCUGCAGGAUUUCAGAAGGAAAGGGUGGAAUUUUCCCUUCCCUGUUGCAGCAACAGUGAUGGCAAGUAAAGUGACAAAAUAGGGCAGGAGUGAAAAAGUCGGAUUCUUGGAAAAGAGAAAAAUGUUCUUGAUUUCCCUCUCGAAUUGCAACUUCAGAAUCUCAUCCUUGAGUGGUGAUUGCUGUAUUUCCGCACCUUUGUACCUCAUUAAAAGAACCAACUUGCCCUAGUUACAUCCCACUUCCAAUUCUCCUGUCCUCCACUGAGAAACAAGACAGUGCAAAUUCCUGACAGGUUAAACAGAAUGGACACCUAUCAGCUGCAGCUCACCAUAUGCAUGUCCUGGCCAUCAGUUAAAUGUAUCUUCACAAUAACGUCCCUACAUGAUCCACAGCCACUAUCCUCCUUGAUCCUUCCUUCAUCCACACAAAUCCAUGUCAACAAACCACCAGCCACACUACAUCUUGCCUGCACUCAGACCAACUCAGUUUCUCACCACAUCACACCUUCAAUACCACUUUGUGCUGAUGGAUGUUGUGAGAUAUUGCAUUUUGGUAAAACAAACUAGGGCAGGACUUAUACAGCCCUGGGUAGUGUUGUAGAACAGAGAGACCUAUGGAUUCAAGUACAUA